AUGGCUGAAAAAGUCACACUAACCACAUAUCCAUACUCAACAGAAUCGACAAAUGUAAUUAUCGAUUAUCCUGAUGAUCUUAGCGAAGAAAUCGAAGAUGAGGAAAUCAGCCAGUCUGCAUAUCCUUCAGUAGCACCACGACAACCAUCGAUCCUGUACAAUUAUAACAAUGGCCAUCAGCAUUUUUCUCCUCCAGUUACAGCAGCGUCCCCACCAGCACAAUUCGACCUGCUACUAGGCGGCGACGAAGAUGAUGAUGAUGAACAAACGGCGACUUUACUGGCGCCUACGCCUAUACCUAUUCAACGUGUAUCAUCCGAAGAUGAAAUCAACUUGUAUUUAAAACGUAAACGUGCCAAAUUCAUCGGGCCGUACCUCUUCGGUGAAAUGAUCGGGCAGGGAUCGUAUGCUAAAGUGAAAGAAUGUCUAGAUCGUCGAAAUCUGUGUCGACGUGCAGUCAAAAUCAUGCAACGUCGUCGGUUACGGAAAACGCCACAUGGUGAGAAAAUGGCUGCCACAGAAAUUCGCAUCUUAAAGAAAUUAAAUCAUCCUAACAUAAUUAAAUUGUACGAUUUCAUCCGUAAUGAUGAGAAACAGAAAUUAUAUCUAUUUAUUGACUUAUGUGUGGUGUCAUUACAAGAAAUGCUUGAUGUCGAUGAUCAACAAAAGCAGCACCAGCAUCAGCAACAACAACAACAUCAACAAAAACCAAAAAUAUUUCCCACCUGGCAAGCACAUGGGUACUUUGUUCAGUUAAUUAGCGGAUUGGAAUAUUUGCAUUCAAAAUUCAUAAUUCACAAUGAUAUUAAACCAGGCAAUUUGUUGAUCACGGUUGAUCAUCAAUUGAAAAUAACAGAUUUUGGUACUGCAGAACAACUUGAUAUGUUUAGUUCUGAUGAUACAAUCAAACGAAGUCAAGGUACUCCUGCUUUUCAAUGUCCGGAGAUAGCAAAUGGCGAGGAUACUUACAGCGGUUUUUGUAUCGAUAUAUGGUCAUGUGGUGUCACGUUGUAUAAUCUAGUUACCGGUCGUUUACCAUUCGAAGCCGAUAAUAUCUAUUUAUUGUUUCAAACAAUUGGAACUGGAAUCUAUACCAUUCCCGACGAUAUUGAACCACAUUUAGGAUCUUUAAUCAGUGGUUUAUUACAUGUCAAUAAAAAUGCACGUUUUACAAUCGAACAGAUAAAACAACACGAUUGGUUUCGUCGGCGACCACCGCGUACAUUCGAUUUCCUACCAUUUCCUCCUUUAGCACUGAACCGCUUUCAAACAUUUACAAUGUUUGAUUAUCUAACUGAAUUACACCAACCAUCAUCAGAAACGAAUGACGAACAAUCACUGCAAGACAAUAAUAAUGCUUCUGAUCGUCCAAUAUCAGUUCUACAUUCACCCUAUGAAAGCCCACAAGAAAACAACUCCCAUCAAGAACAAUCAACACUACGGCGUACGAGAGGUCGGUCGAAAUUAAACUGUGGGUGUAGUCGCACUAUGAGUAUUGAUGAACUUCAACAAAACAAAAGUUCCAAUAGGCAAAAUCAUCGGUUUUGUUCAAUAUCUUGA